AUGGAAGCCAUUCGUUUUCACAUAGCCGACUAUGUGUUGAUGGUUAUAUUCCUGGUCAUAUGCUCGGGUAUAGGAGUGUUUUAUGGCUUCUUCAAGAAGCAGCGGACAACGGGCGACUACUUGCUGGCGGGUCGGAAGAUGCACCUGUUUCCAGUGGCGUUGUCCCUGCUGGUGACAUACCAGUCUGCCAUCUCUGUGAUGGGGAUCACGGCUGAGAUGUACAUGUAUGACACGAUGAUGAUCCUGGUCUACUUCUCCGUCAUGUCCUGUAACACCAUACAGGCGCUCAUCAUUGUGCCUCUCGUCCAUCCGCUCAAGCUCACGUCCGCGUACGAGUAUUUUGGGCGUCGAUUCCAGUCCCGGUCCGUCCAGCUAUUCGGGACAUUUAUGGGCAUGCUUCAAACGCUUCUGUACAUGGCUAUUGUUCUACUUGCGCCAGCUCUAGCUCUCGAAGCGGUUGCUGGUAUUCCCCUGUGGCUGUCUGUGGUAGUUGUUGGGGUGAUAGGAACAGUUUACACCUCCAUCGGCGGCAUGAAGACCGUUAUUUGGACAGAUGUGUUCCAGUUUGUGAUCCUGUACGGAGGGCUCAUUGUCAUUCUUGUCAUGGGAACAAUAAAAAUCGGCGGUGUUGGCGUGCUUGGAGAAAAGGCAUAUGAAGGAGGACGAAUCAAUUUCAGCGAGAUAAGCUUUGACCCCCGAGUCCGGCACACGUGGUGGGGCCUGGUGAUUGGCGGGACUUUCAACUGGCUGCCCAACACCUGCAACCAGGCAGCCAUUCAGAGGAUCAGUUCCAUGAGGACCACCAGGGAAGCCAAAAUCUCGUGUCUCUUGAACGUGCCUUUGGUGGUGAUAUACGGGGCUGUGCUGGGAUACGCCGGUCUUCUCAUGUACGCCUACUUCACCAUCGAACAGUGCGACCCCUACCUGUCAGGGGCCAUCUCAAACAACAACCAGCUGAUCCCGUACUUUGUGAUGCGCGUGUUCCGGAAUAUUCCUGGACUGGCGGGCCUGUUUAUUGUUGCUUUGUUCAGUGGCGCUCUCAGUUCACUUUCAUCGGGUAUCAACUCGAUGGCAGCAAACACUAUACAAGACGUGUUGGUGAAUGUUCUCAACGACGCUCAACAAUACAAGAAAACUUUCAUUGCGAAAAUCUCGGUGUUGAUGUACGGCACCUCGGCGGUCGCUCUGGCAUAUCUGGCGAAAUCACUGCAGGGACCAGUCACCCAGAUUGCAUUGACUGCGAUGGGGGGAGUCGGGGGACCUUUGGUCGGAAUAAUGUUUCUCGGCGGUACAUUUCCACAGGCCAACUGGAUUGGAGCUUUAGUAGGUGGAAUUGGGGGUAUGGCGAUAAACAUAUGGAUUGCUAUCGGUUCGGUCAUGUACGGAGCCAAGUCGCCCAGGUCAUCGCCUGUUUCUACGUCUGGAUGCCUGGGCUUCAACUCCUCUGACGUCUUAUUUAACGGGAAUGGAUUCUUAGAAAAUGGACUUACCCGAUUAUGGAACGAAACAGAUGGCAACGAAACCUUUACAUUGCAUACAUUUAUGACAGGAGAAACAUCAACGACCUCGACUCUGUCCGACGAUUCUCAUCUGGCGAUUUAUGACGUAUCCUACGUGUAUAUAGGAAUGAUUGGCACAUUUGUCACCUUUAGCCUUGGGCUAAUUAUCAGCCUACUCACAGGUAGAGACAAAAAAUACCCCACACAACCGGAAUAUAUUUUUCCGUGUCUGAGAAGGUUUUGGAAAAUGGACGUCACUCAUACAGAACAGAAAUAUCAUAAAAUAAAACACGGGACCAACGCUGUACGAGCCGAGACCGACGAGGUACCGAUCAAGGCGUUGUCGUGGAUGAAGGAGCUCAAAGAAGACGAAUUAUGAUGAAACUAUAAAAUACACCGUAGAAUCAUUUCGUGAGACAUAUUAAUGGUUGAUAUAGACAUGUUCAUCGUUGUGAAGGAAGGAAAGAUAAAUCUUGACUCUAGUACAUUUGCAAAAGUUCUUCAAGUGUGAUAAAUAAGUAUUUAUCAUAUCUAUCAAAUGUGACUGAAAUUUUAUAUUUACUAUAUGUAAUCAUGUAAACCUUGUUCUUCCAUAAUGGACGAUAUGAUAGAUAGA